AUGUCAAAAACUAAACGCAUAUCAUACUCUGUUGCCGAAAAGCUUAAAGUUUUGCAAUAUGCAGAACAGAAUGGUUUUAGGACAGCCGAACGCCACUUUGAUAUUGACCAUUCAAUGAUUUCUCGUUGGCAUAAAAACAAAGAAAAACUUGAAGCCGCAAAAAAGAAAAGUCGACGAAUUGGUGAAAACUUAGGAAGAAAUGCACAAUAUCCUGAGGCCGAAGCUGACUUGAAUGCAUGGAUCCUUGAAUAUCGACAAGAUGGAAUUGCUGUAACCACUAAAGUUGCUAAAACUUAUAUGAAAGAACUUUUAAAAAAAAAAUUUGCUGAUAUUUACCCGGGUGCCGAUGAAAAAUUUCUUGCUUCAGAUC